AUGCCUACAUCUGCGCCCAAACCCGCCAAACCGAAGAUCUCGCCGUCCUGGGAUGCCUUCAACUCCAGCGCGACUGGCCACCAACGAGCAGACAACAGGCUGGGCGGCAGCACUUCGUGGCGCAAAUCGCGAACGCUGAAGCUACACCAGCAGUUCUAUGGAGGCGCUGGAGGCGGGAAGCGGGUAUCGGAUACUGUGGGAGCGGGCAGUCUUGACUUUGGAAAAGAUGGGAGGACGGAGAAUGGUGGAUGGGUGAAAGGGGCGUCUGGGCUACGGAAAGGUGGGCAGCAAAGCAUCCUGGACGCUGGAGGUGUGAAGGUGGAGAAGGACGUCGAAAGACCCGCGAAGAGAGUGAAGACCGGGCAAGUAGAUGACGAGGCUACAAAGGUUACGAAUCCAUUUACGCCGUUCAAGAGGGAGGAUGGAAGUAUCCGCGAGGCCAGCUGGACAUCGCAUGAGACUUCACCAUCUCAUCUGUUAUCGCCCAUCAACUCUAGCAACACGAGCCAGACACCUACGGUAGAGGAAACCGCAGAGGAUACUGGCGAGAAUGAACUACCACCACCACAGAUCUUCGCAGGCCUCGUUCUCUACGUCAACGGCAACUGCGGUGAGGAUAUAUCAGAUCACAAACUCAAGCGCAUCUGGUACGAGCACGGCGGGCAGACGUCAAUUCACCUAGCAAGACGUACGGUCUCUCACGUCGUCAUUGGCCGGCCGAACAGCAACGGCGGCUCAGGUGGUGGACUGGCAGGGAGCAAGAUUCAGAAAGAGGUGGCUAAGAAAGGUGGACCAGUGGUGAAGUUUGUGACUGCUGAAUGGGUUACUGAGAGCAUCAAGGCUGGCAGAAGACUACCUGAGUCGCGGUUCGCGGCUCUGAGCUUCGCGCCACAGGGCGUGACGAGUGUUGCCAGCAUGUUUGGGCAGAAGACGAAUAGUCCUGCGCAAGCUUCGAAGGGGAAGGGAUGA